CGACUUCUGCUCUAGAUACCGCAAAAUUUGGGUAUAAAAGACACACGAGAUCAGAUUUUUUCAUUGUAAACGUUUGCAAAGUGAGGUAAACAGCAAUGGCUUUACAGUUUGUAGUUCUCGCCGUCUUCAUAGCGGCCGCCAAUGCUGGUGGUCUAGCUCCUGUGGCCUACAGUGCCUAUUCCUCGCCAGUCGCGUCUUAUUCGUACUCGUCUCCACUCGCCUACGCCGCCGCGCCAAUUGCUAAGGUAGCAGCUCCGCUUGCAUACGCCGCCCCCGUGGCGAAGUUGGCAGCACCUCUUGCCUACGCAGCUCCAGCCCCAUUGUCCUAUGCUGCACCCGCACCAAUUGCCUACGCCGCGCAUUUGCCGCGCGUUGCUGCGCCUCUUCACUACGCCGCACCUGCCCCACUGGCCUAUGCCACACCGGCCAUUGCUAAAGUUGCCGCACCCCUAGCCGUUGCCAAAACCGUUGUAGCUGAAGACUUCGACCCCAACCCUCAGUACUCCUUCGCUUAUAACGUGCAAGACCACCUCACCGGCGACAGCAAAAGCCAGCACGAAACUCGCAACGGCGACUACGUAGAGGGAAGCUACUCCGUUGCCGAUCCUGAUGGUUCAAACCGCAUCGUUGACUACACCGCCGACCCUGUUAAUGGAUUCAACGCCAUCGUACGCAAAGAACCCCUCGUCGCUAAAAUUGCCGUUGCCCCGGUCGCGAAAUACGCAGCUCCACUUGCCAUCGCAAAGUUACACUGA